AAUGUUGCUACCCCAGCAAACUCAGCCAGGAUAUUUGGAACGUUUGGUGAACAUUCUAAAGUCCCCGAUACGGCCGAAACAUAUUCGCCUUUCUGCUGUGCUCAUCUGCAUUAAUCAAUUUUUCAUUGCCAUUAUAUUGCUCUUCAUUGUCAUUUUGGCCUAUAUCCACAUCGAGGAGGCCAAUUCGAGGGCCAUUGCCGACAUGGAAGACCAGCGGGAUAACGCCUACUACAGCUUGUCCGAUUUGAUUCUUAAUCGUCUACGAUUCCAUUUGGCUAGCGAUGUGACAAUGACGUCACGCGUUUUUGCUUCCAUACUCGUGUGCUGCUCCUCGGUGUAUCUGUUAAGUGCUAUUGGCCUUCUAAUAGGCAUAUACAAGAGUCGCGAGGAAUUUGUACUGUUGUGGCUGGUUUUGCAAUUCUUCUUCUUUGUGGCCGGUUGCAUUUUUAUGUUCUGGGUAUCCGGCUCUGAAUUUGUAGAGCACACCAUUGGCAAAGUCUGCUUCUUUUUAAUGACGGCCGCUGUACUUCUGAGUGAUGCCUCCAUGUGGUAUAUCAUCUAUAAUUAUUACCAUAGCAUACGCCUAAUGAACAAAUUGCGGGAGAUAGCAACUGUGGCCAUUCCAUGUCCUCCGCCGGGAUCUGUGCCGUUCCAUUUCCGCCGCGAGAACAUGUACUUGGGAAGUAAUGGCUACAAACACAUUCUCUCCGACGCCCCCGAUGGUAACUACUGAUGCGUGCGUGUGUGCCACAGAACAUCCAAGCUGUAAAAAAUCCGACAUGACUAAGAUUAAUUUCAAUUAACAUUUAGGGCACAAUGUUUGUAAAUCUGAGGGGGUUGCCAUC